AUGGGACCCCCGGCUCCGGUGAGACCCCCGGUUGUGCUGCGAGCCCGGCUGCGGCGAGACCCUCGGUUCCGCUGGGACCAGACCAUUGAGGUUUGGGGUGGGGGAUAUAAAUCAGAGCCCAGCGGGCACACGGGGCUGGCACUGAGCCCCCGUGCCCGCUCGGUGCCAGGCAAUUACCGGACGCAGCUGUGGGACAAACAGUCCGAGGCCUUCCUGCCCUCCACGCCCGGGCUGGGCAUGCACGUGGAGGUCAAGGACCCCGACGGGAAGGUGGUGCUGUCACGGCAGUACGGCUCCGAGGGGCGCUUCACGUUCACGUCGCACACGCCGGGCGAGCACCAGAUCUGCCUCCACUCCAACUCCACCCGCAUGGCGCUGUUCGCGGGGGGCAAGCUGCGGGUGCACCUGGACAUCCAGGUGGGCGAGCACACCAACAACUACCCCGAGAUCGCCGCCAAGGACAAGCUGACCGAGCUGCAGCUCCGCGCGCGCCAGCUGCUCGACCAGGUGGAGCAGAUCCAGAAGGAGCAGAACUACCAGAGGUACCGCGAGGAGCGGUUCCGCAUGACCUCGGAGAGCACCAACCAGCGCGUGCUCUGGUGGUCCAUCGCCCAGACCGUCAUCCUCAUCCUCACCGGCCUCUGGCAGAUGCGGCACCUCAAGAGCUUCUUCGAGGCCAAGAAACUCGUCUAGCCCCCCAAAACCUCCUGGGGCGGCACCCCCAAAUCUCUUCCCACCUGGGCAGCGCCCCAAAAUCCAACCCAAUUCCCAAAAAACGCCCCAAAAUCCAUUCCAAGCUGGUGGGUGACUCAAAAUCCAACCCAAGCCGAAAAAGUAGCCCAAAACUCAUCACAUCUCCCCAAAAACACCCCAAAAUUCAUCCUCAAUCUGGGGGGUACCCCAAAAUCCACCCCAAUCCCAAAAAAACCCCCAAAACUCAUCACAACCCCCAAAAUCCACCCCAAUCCUGGGGUGCCGUGGGGGGACACCCCAAACGCAUCCUGCCCCAUUUUAGGAUGCCAGGGAGGGACCCCCAAACCCAUCCCCCAAUUUUGGGGUGCCAGAGGGACCCCCAAACCCAUCCCCCAAUAUUGGAGUGCCAGGGUGGAUCCCUCCCUCCCCGCAGAUUUUGGGGUGCUCCCCCUGCCAUGGGGGGGAACAGCAAAGGGCCACCCCCCGAGGGGGAUUUUUUGGGGGAAAAUAAAAUUUUUUUUGUUCCAACAA